AUGGAUAGAUAUAUGAAUAGACUCGAAAAUUUAACAGGUCAUUUAUUAACUACCAAUGAAGUUUCCUCAACCACCAACGAAAAUGAAACCAUUACUUUUGUUAGACCAUUACCAAAAAGUAAAAAAGAUCACGAUCUUACAAUUGAAUCCGAUGGAUCAUUUACUAGAGAAAAACAUUUUGAAGAAGAAUUAGAUGUUUCUGGUGAAAUUAAUUCACAAACAAAUAAAUUUGAAAUUAAACCAGUACCAUAUACAUUAUCAUUUGAUCAAGGUUUUUUCCAUGCCAUUAGAGCUAUUGAAUUGUUAUCAGAACAAGACCCAAAAAGAACUAUUAUUUUAGGUAUUGCUGGUCCAGUUGGUGCUGGUAAAUCAACUUUAGCAAAUAAAAUUGGUGGUCUUGUCAAUGGUAUUAUUGUUUCCCUUCAAGAUUUUGUUAAACUCGAAAAUGUUAAAGAUAAUAAUUAUGAUGAUCCAGUAUUAAUUGAUUUUGAUAGAGUUGUUUCAACAUUAAAUGAAUUAAAAGAAAAUAAAACAGCAACUAUUCCAAAAAUUGUAAAUAGAAAAAUGGAAGAUAAGACAGUUACACUUAAAGAUUCAAAGGUUAUUAUUUUAGAAGGUUCAUAUGCAUUGAGUGCACGUAUUAGACCAUUAUUAGAUAUUAGUAUUGCUAUUACAGGUGGUGUCCAUUUAGAUCUCAUUAAAAGUAUUAUGAGAGGUAUUGUUACAAGUAAAAACUCAAGUAAAGAAGUAUUAUCACAAAUCACCAAUGUAGUAUUCCCAAUGUUUAAAGCAUUCGUUGAAGCAGAUCUCGAUCAAGCUAAAAUCAAAAUCCACAGUAGUUUCAAUCCAAUGAGCCAAGUAGUAGAACCAACAUAUGUUUGCAAAGCUAAAUAUGAAAAUAAUAAGGUUCAUUUCGAUCAAUUCCUUUCAUCAUUAAAUGUACAACCAGUCAAAAAGAACUUUAGUGAUAUGUAUUUAUACCCACCAAAAUACGGUGCCGAUGGUAUCUCUCAAGCCGAUAAGAGAAAUUGGAUUCGUAUUCGUCGUUCUGAUGUUGGUCAAUUCAAUAUUUACUUUUACAAUGAAAUUAUGGAUGGUGCUGUUAAUACUCGUCCACUCUUAAACUUUGAAAUCUCUGUUAAAACUAUUGGUGGUCUUUUAUCUUUAGGUUAUCAAAUUGGUGCAAUCUUAAAUCGUACUGUCGAAGUUUGGUAUGAAAAGAGUGGUAUCGUUGUCACCAAAGAAUACAUUAAAGAGUUGGAAAAACAUUUCAUUCAAAUCAAAGGUCAAAGUCGUAGAGAAGUUUUAGAUUUAGCUGAAAAAUUAAAAAUCACUGGUAAUCACGUUCCACAAACCUUCCUCUAUCUCUAUUUCAAAAAAUUAAAGAAAAACAAAAACCCAAAUUCAAAAUUAAAACCAAAUAAUACAAAUUCUAAAAUUUCAAAAUCAAAUAAAAUUGUAAAAGAAAAUAAUAACAAAAAAUAAAUAAACCACACAAAUACAAUACAAAUACAAAAACAAAUAUAAAUAUAAAAAUAAAAAUAAAAUUUUCAAUUUAAAUUUAAAUUA